UUGCCCCGCUUUGUGCCUGCUUCUGUCCCUCUUUGGGAUUUUUUUUCCUUUGGUCUCCCAUUAAACCAAGGAGGAGAAUGUGAAAAGGGGCGAAAAUGCCCAGGAGGAAGCAGGAGCAACCCAAGCGCCUCUCUUCACAUGGUUCUUCACAUAGACAGGAAGAAGUCGAAGAGGAACUUAGUGAGGAAGAGCAUUGGUUUGGGAACUCUUCAGAAACCCCAUCAGAAGCAUCUUAUGGAGAAGUCCAGGAGAACUUCAAAUUAUCCUUUGAGGACAGGAUCCAAGAGCAAUCCACAUCUCCAGAUACUUCUUUGGGGAGCGGGACUCCUAGUAGCAACACACUGGAAUUGGUGGCUGUUGAGAAUGAGACCAUAGUAUUACAGAACAGGGAACAUCUCUCUUCUAGUGUAUCUUCUAUCUGUGAUGAUAAUAAUCCUGGGCCAAACAAGCCAUUGAGUAGUAAUUUGAGACGUCUGCUGGAGGCUGGUUCUCUCAAGCUAGACACUACUAUCACAGUUAAUGGCCGGGUUGAAUCCCCAGUAAAUCUUGGCUCAAAUAUCUCUUUUUCUCCAGCUACACAUCAUGCUCAGCAGCUAAGUGUUCUUGCAAGAAAGCUAGCUGAAAAACAGGAACAAAACGAUCAGUAUGGCCCAAACACAGGAUUCAUAUGGAAUCAAGGCAAGUGGUUGCCUAACUCAAUGCCCUCUUGCAGCUUGUCUCCAGAUUCAGCAAUCUUAAAAUUGAAAGCCGCUGCCAAUGCAGUCCUUCAGGACAAGUCUCUUUCUCGAACUGAAGAUCCAACAAUAAGAUUUGAAACCUUCCCUUCACCAUUUAGUUCUCAAUCAGCAAGCUCCACCUUAGCUGCAUUAUCAAAGAAGGUCAGUGAAAGAAGCAUGAUUCCUGGGCAGGACCACUCACCACCAGCAAAUUCUUUCCUUUCUCUCACCUCAAUGACUUCUUCAGCAGCCCUACUCAAGGAGGUGGCUGCAAGAGCUGCAGGCAGCCUUUUGGCUGAAAAGAAAAAGUCACUGGUUGUAGAAGAUCCCCUGCAGCUUUCAGACAUGAAACAAGAGAAAGUAAUUCCACAACAGUCUUUGGAACUAUUGUUACUUCCAGCCCCUAAAGGAAGAGCUUCUAAAACCACAAAUUCAGCCUCAGAAGAAGAAAGUGGAAAACCUUUCCAAUGUCCGAUCUGCGGCUUGGUUAUAAAAAGGAAGAGCUACUGGAAACGGCACAUGGUGAUCCAUACUGGCUUAAAAAGUCAUCAGUGUCCCUUGUGUCCAUUUCGUUGUGCACGGAAAGACAAUUUGAAGUCACAUAUGAAGGUUCACCAACACCAGGACCGUGGAGAGACAUUUCAGUGCCAACUAUGUCCAUUUACUUCCUCUCGCCAUUUCAGUCUGAAACUCCACAUGCGUUGCCACCAACACUUUCUGAGGACAGAAGCCAAAGUGAAGGAAGAAAUUCCAGAAAUGGAUGUCAAGAUCUCACCACUACUGAGUGACAAUUCCAGAAUGGGUCAGGAGAUGGAUGGAGGAACAGACCAUGUAGGAACUACUGCUGCCUCUAGAUCUCCUGAUGCACUUGGGCAGGUGGGAACUACCAUCCCACCUCUGCUAGUCAAAGAAGAACCCAAAGAUGACAGCAGUGCCCCUAGCCCCUCUUUAGCCCUCAAUGUUGUCGACAGAAUUGCCAACAGUACAAAGCUAAAAGACCCCAUUGACUUUGUGACCAAUACAGCAUCAGCACUUUUCAGUCAGGAUAUAUCAGUCAAGAUGGCUUCAGAUUUUCUCAUGAAGCUUUCAGCUGCAAAUCAAAAAGAACCCUUGACACCUACAUUUAAAGUGAAAGAAGAACCAAAAGAUGAGGACAGUGCAAGCUCCACGUUGUCUAAAGCCAGUCAUGGUUUUAGUCAUGAACCUGAAGUAUCUGCCCCAAAUAUUCCUAAGGAGAAUCCCAAACCACAAGAAGUGCCAGCAAAUGUACUGCAACAGGAUAUAUCAGUCAAAGCAGCAUCUGAACUUCUCAUGAAAUUAUCAGCGGAAAGUUGCAAGGAAUCCCAGUCAAUAAAGGUUAAAGAAGAGCCAAUGGAAGUUGAGAUUCAUGACUCCCAUGCCUCUGUUUCACCUAGCCAAAAUGUCAGUUACAGCACUUUACUUAGGCAAGAGAUAACUGAACAGGUACAAAAGAUCCCUGAAAGCCGUGUAGUUCCAGAGAGAAACCUCUUUAGCCAAGAUAUAUCCGUGAAAAUGGCUUCAGAAUUACUUUUUCAAUUGUCAGAAAAAGUGAGCAAAGAGCACAAUCACUCUAAAGAUAAUACCAUCACUAUUACAACUAGCCCAUUUUUUUCUGAAGAUACUUUUAGACAAUCACCAUUCACUUCGAACUCAAAAGAUCUGUCUAACGAGAGUGCUGUUCAGGGAAGGACAUCAGUUCUAGAAACGGAGAAUAUAGGACUAGAAACUGGAAAUGGGUUGCCAUCUUGGAAGUUUAAUGACCAGCUCUUUCCUUGUGAUGUAUGUGGAAAAGUGUUUGGCCGACAACAGACGUUGUCCCGACAUCUCUCCCUGCACACAGAAGAGAGAAAAUAUAAAUGCCAUUUGUGCCCAUAUGCUGCUAAGUGCCGUGCUAAUCUGAACCAGCAUCUGACUGUGCAUUCUGUGAAGUUGGUGAGUACAGACACCGAGGACAUUGUCAGUGCUGUCACAUCUGAAGGCAAUGAUAGAAAGAAACAUCCUUAUUACUACAGUUGUCAUGUGUGUGGAUUUGAAACAGAGCUGAAUGUCCAGUUUGUCAGUCAUAUGUCGCUUCAUGUGGAUAAAGAACAAUGGAUGUUUUCUAUUUGCUGCACAGCCUGUGAUUUUGUUACCAUGGAAGAGAUGGAGAUGAAGGCUCAUGUUGCCAACAAGCAUGCAGGUGAUAACCUCUCUCUGUGUCCAGGUGAAGAAAGGAAAACACCCAGUGAUUCAACCAGUCCUUCUUCUUCUUCCUUGUCAGCACUUAGUGAUUCUGCUAAUAGUAAAGAAGAAGCAGAUAUCAGCCCCAAACCCAAGGGACCCAAUAACCUGCUAGUUAUUUCCGUAGUGCCUGGUAGUCAGACUCUAUUAAAUGCGGAAGAAAAAUCAGAGAAAGGUUUUGAAUGUGUUUUCUGUAACUUUGUCUGCAAAACAAAAACCAUGUUUGAGCGCCAUUUGCAAAUCCACCUGAUUACACGGAUGUUUGAAUGUGAUGUGUGCCACAAGUUCAUGAAGACUCCUGAGCAAUUACUGGAGCACAAGAAAUGCCAUACUGUCCCCACUGGUGGGCUCAAGUGUCCCUUCUGCAUUUAUUCCACAAACCGUCCAGCAGCAAUGGAAUGCCAUUUGAAAACCCACUACAAAAUGGAGUACAAGUGCCGGAUCUGCCAAGCAGUGAAAGCCAAUCAGCUCGAGCUGGAAAUGCACGUUCGAGAGCAUCGCCUUGGCAACCACUACAAGUGCGAUCAGUGUGGCUAUCUUUCAAAGACUGCCAACAAGCUGAUAGAGCAUGUGCGUGUGCAUACAGGGGAACGCCCUUUUCACUGUGACCAGUGCAGCUACAGCUGUAAACGCAAAGACAAUCUCAACCUGCACAAGAAACUCAAACAUGCACCCCGGCAGACAUUCAGCUGCGAAGAGUGCCUCUUCAAGACCACCCACCCGUUUGUCUUCAGCCGCCAUGUGAAGAAACAUCAAAAUGGAGACUGCUCUGAAGAGGAAAAAAAGGGGCAGGGUGUGAAUUUCAAGGAAGCCAGCCCCCUGCUCAUGGCCAACAGUUCCCGCACCCUCUUGUCCCCUCUCUCAAUGAUGUCAGCCUCCCAUGCUCUACAGACAGUGGCCAUGUCAGCUGCUCAAAGUGGCGGGACAGAGCCAAACCUGGCGCUGAGGGCCUUGACCAUAAAUGGCACUUCCCUGUGCUUUGAUAAAUACCGGAACUCUGAGUUUGCCCACCUCAUUCCCUUGACCAUGUUUUUCCCCAAAAACCACUUUGAAAUCACAUUCCAUUCACCUCAACCACAGACCCUACACGUGGAUGACACUUCGCCGAAGCACUCCUUCCUGGCCUAUCUCGGACUAACAGAAAGAGCAGAAGCUCUCUAGGACAGCCUCCUCUCUACCAAAAAUCCUCCACACCCCACCUCCGACCCACCCACCAGACUCCAAGCAGGUUUUAUUUCAAACCAUAGACCCAAGAGUUUGGCUGCCCAACUAAUUGUACAAUAUAUUGUUAGUGGUAAGAUACAGCAAAGAAAAUGGCGCCACGCGUCUCCUUAAUACUUGCCCAUGAAGGCUGCUUUGUUAAACCUUCAGACAGACGACCUCCUACAUAUUUCUAUUUUCAGAAGCAUGUUUCUGUACUCUCAUCUGAGAAACACUUUUGUCUCUUUUAAGCUGAAUAAGAGUGUCCUUAAUGGCAGUCAGCACUAGCUAAGAUGACCCUUUGAUGCAUUUGACUUUGGGUUGUGAAUCUGAGCAUUUCUAAAAAAAGAGUCUGUGUGCCAUGGCAUUGCUUUUGCACAUUCUUUUGUACUGGCUUAUUUAAUAUGAACUUAAGAAGCUGCCUUAUGCUGCAUCAGACAGUCCACCGAGCCCAGUAUUGUCUAUUAUGAUUGACACCAGUUCUCCAGGGUCUCGGAUAGAAGUCAUAUCUAGCAGCUGCUUCCUGAGAUUUCUUAACUAGAGAUGCUGGUGGCUGAAUCUGGGAUCUUUAUACAUACAAAGCAUGUGUUCUACCACUGAGCUGUAGCUCCACCCCUGUGAAACAUUGCAUUUGUCCAGGCUUGCUCACCUUGCCUGCUUCUCUUUUACUGCUCAGUUUAUGGAAUGUAAGAACAACAAUCAAGAAGAACUAGCAUGGCAGUCAGUCUUGCUAGGAAUUUGCUAUGUUAAUAGCGGCUAGUCUAGUCUCACAUCUUAAGAGUUUGGUGAUCAGAGCAAAAGCAGAAGAGGGGAAAUUUCUUUAACCUUGCAAGGUGAUGCUAUUCCAUAUAGCAACUUUUUUCUUACAUGGAGAUAUUCUCUAUGGCCAGUGCAUGUACACAUGUAACAUGAAGGGCUUUUCUCUGUGUACACAUUUAGGUAGCCAAGUUUUCAUACCUGCUGCUCCAUGGGUUUAUUCCUGUUCUGACCCUUCCCAGCAAAAAAAACAAACACUCCUUUUACCCUUGAAAUAAUGCAGUCAAUGUGAUUAUCUCUAUGAAGGAAAAAAGAUAAUGUUUAAAGCAGUCCUGAGUACUUAACAGUCAUGUAUGAGAAGGCAGCUAGAUUUAUAAACAACAAGUGUGUUGUAUACAUGCCCCCCAAUUUGAUUGUUUGGUUACAUCCGUGUGACUUGGUCCUUUUUAAAAAUACUUUUGGAUACAAACACCCAAGGUCAAGGUACAUAUGAUAAGGCAUAUGUUUUAGACUGGACAUAACACAUUACAUUUAAAUUGCUGCUUUCCUUGGUCAGAUAACUGGAGGCAGAAACGUGAUCAUUUUGCCAACUCACUUCUAGCAACAAAGAAAAAUAUCUGAUUCAAAAAUAUGUGCACUAUUCAAAUUUGAUGCAAGGCGACUACAGAAAAAUAUAGCAAACAUCCCUCAGGCCACAAAUUCCCAUCUACUCAUUCUCAGUUGGUUUGAAUGCAGUGGUUAGCUUAGUUUGUGAGGGCAAGGAUGCACAUUUAGAAGUGAUUAAACCCAGAAGAAGGAAUUUUAGAAAGGAAGGAUCUCUUAAAUACUGGGCAUUAGGGCUCAGACUAAAUAAAGGCAGGUUUUGCACAGAGGUUGAGUCUUGCACUAGUAUGUUUCUCACUAGCAAAAAAAAAAGUAAAAGUAAGAAACAUAUCAAAGAUAAUGUUUCUUUUUUUUACUGAAAAAUAUGUACAUUUGAAAAGUAGGUGCAAGUUCUUUCAAAUGGAAGGAGAAAAAGGUGCUGUUUAAUUAUAGAAUUCUCUUUUAUAUGUCCAAUUAUUCAGCUAUACUGGCAACUUUGUGUCCUGUCCCCUUCACCUUAUUUGUAGCCCUUUAUAACAUUUGCUAAUGCUUACUCAAGUAUACUCUUCUAGGAAGGUAACUUUAUAUUUUCUUAAGGCUCUUAUUUUUAGUCAUUAAAAUGACAUAAAUAUUGCACUUUAUUGCAGUAGAAGCAAAUGUUGCAUUCCUAGCGGUUGAUCUUCUAAAUGUUAACAUUUCCUAAGAUUUUCAAAAAAUGCCCAUGCGCUGAACAUUUAUUAUAAAUCACUAUCAUAAAUGUUUUCCCCACUAAAGAAAUAUGGGGGGGGGUGGGGGUGUUCAAAGAUCUUGCAACAAAGAACAAGGAAAGAGAAAGCCUAAAUACUAGCAAUUUAUGACACUGAAGUAACACGCAUAGUCAAAAUAAUGAAAGUUCACUAAGUUUAACCAACGUAGGGCCUUAUUUGGCUAACUGUUAUGGUAAAAUAACUCAUUGUUUUAAAUCUCCUAAGAGAAAUUUUGGGACCCUGUUUAUUGCACUAAAGCCUGAUAAAAAUACUUUCAGAAAUGUUGGGAACUAUUCACCAAAAGAUAAGGUUGGUAUAAUGUGAUGAACUAACCGUGACAUAGUGCCACAGAGGUGGCAUUGCAAUACUAUGCAAUAGUCAGCAUCACUUCUUGGAGCCUUCCCCCAGCUGUUCAUCAUGCUGGCAGAGGCUGCUUGGUGAUGGAAGCCCAAUACAGGCUGAAGACAUGAGACACCCUGAAGACAUAAAAUAGAGGAAGGCUGAGUUCCUGUUCCUGUUCCCAUGACAUGAUUAACCUCAUCCAUGUGCCAAGUAAUACUCACCAUCCAUCGUGCGCAAGCAACAAUCAAGGAUGGAUUGGUCCAUGGGCUGGGAACCUGUUUUAAAUUCUGCUGUUGUUGAGGGAACCAGAAGACUUGUUUUCCUUUUUUUUUUCACCCUACAUCAGAGUGAAAAAAUAAAUUUGGAGAAGGGUGUUUUUACCCAUUUCCUACAUGCUUUUUUUUCCCUGCUAUUCAGUCACAAGAGGGUGGAAACCAAAUCAGCCAAAUAG